CAUUACGCCUCUGUUCGACACUGGAACCGGAUUCUGGGCAUUACUAGGAAGCCCGUGCAUUCUAUCUCAUUCUGGUCGUAACUGAAAUCGGCGGCCAGUGCGCCACGGGAGAAUUGCUGCUUGGGUGUGCAACUCAGAUGGCAGCACAAGCGGGCUUGGAGGACACACGCGACUACAUAACCAGGCCCUGCCGCGAACGGAACACGAUCACCAUUACAAAGGGACACACUCCUGGACCGCGCGCAAUACGGAGUCAUCAGCUUUAUUGCACAGCGCGCUUUCGGCGCUUGUGGACAUAUGCGGACGAGCAUCACGCAGUACCUGGGAUAUCUGUUGGGCCCAAACGACGGGAUAUUCUAAAGCAGGCACUCCGACAUCAACAGGGGCGGCCCAAUGAGGAAUGCGCGGCGGGAUCAGAAUCCGCCAUCGCGACGUUCAGGGGCUGCCGGACGCGACGCCUGAACGGAAGCUCGGCCUGGCGUGCCCUGUCACUGCUGCUCGUGGCUUCACUACCGCUGGUGUUGAACGGUGCAACAAAUUCAAGAUCAACGCUGGCGGGACUCGAAGUACUGGCCGGCGGCUCAGACAGUUGAAGCUGUACGGGUUGGACAGGUUGGACAGGUUGGACGAAGCUGCCGAGAGCACGAUCGUGCUCCCGCCAUCUCCCUCACGCAAAGCCGCCCUCGUCUUCCGCUCCCGCCUCGUCCGCCGUCGAUCUCCUCCGCCUUAUCCGCCUCCGCUACUUCCGCUACUCCUAACGCAACGUGUAUAUAAUGAGUCUUUACACCGCACGCUACACACACUACGCACAUCAUCCACGAUGAACACCGCUCUUUCCAAGAUCGCUACCUUCAGCCGCCGCUUCUCUCCCCGUCGCGAGCGCGCCACCGCGGAUUUGCGUGCCAGUCAGGAAGAUACUCUCGCCCUGAACCAGGCCACUCAGAGACCUUCUCCAGCCGUUGGGAGCGGCGAUCACCUGCCGCGGGUCGUCGAAGCAUGGCGCCCGAUGGAGCAGAAGGACAUCAACAGGCUCCGGCGACGACACGGGAAUUCGGAAAAGUUCCGCGAGUGCCUCGAAUGGGAGCAGACCCACGGCGCGUUCCUGUUCCAGCACUUGCAGCCCCCGAUCGAGGAGUGGGAGGCGCUCACCGAGUCUGAGCGAUUCCUUCGCAGCUUGGACUUCGUCGGCGAGAGCCGCCACGGCUGCGUGUUCAACGUGUUCGUGCAGGUGCCGCACCCGGACGACCUGUACCGACAGUGCCUCUACAAGCACAUGGUGAUCGAGUCGGCGCGUUUGAGGCGGAAGUGGGCCGAGCAGCUGAAGAGCGAUCCGCUGUUUUUCGGUCAGACGGACGGCGAGGGGCGGCGCUCGUUGCGGUCCGAUUCCGAGGUCUCCGAGAUCGAACUCCCCCAGGCGGCCUCUCACGACGACGAAGGCCUCAGCGAAGGCCAGCAGGCGCUCCGCGACACGUACGACGAGAUCGCCGGCUUGCAGAAGAGCAUGGACGAUUUCGAGGAGGAGGAAGAUGCGCCGACCGAGGAGACCGUGGAUGACGGUGUCAGCGAGGGCCAGCGGGAUAUGCAGGCUAUGCUGGACGAUAUCGCCGACUUGCAGAAGAGCCUCGAGGCCGACGCCGAGGAGCGGGACUCCUACGCACGCGCCAAGAAAGUCUACCCGGGUCACGUCGCCGACAUCCACACCGCCGAGCCGUCGGGGGGCCUCCCCGCGCACACGACCCUGACGGCGAUUUCGGAGAACGUGGACGCCGGGCUCCUGAACAGGAGCGAGGUCGGUUCUCCCAUCAAGUGUGUCCGGCACUCGCGGCGCCUGUCCAAGGUGAUGGAGCAGGAGAACGGCGGGUCGGGGUCGUUCAUCGCUCGCCCUCGGGCUCGGUCUUCGGUUCAGUUUUACAUACCUCGGAGCCCGGCGAUGAACUUCAGUCGGCACUUCUAAAGGGCUGAGGCCCUGCCUUCGUCUCUCGGACUUGACUCAGUUUCCAUUUCGGACUUUCAUGUCCAUAGUCACUCAUUACCAUCAUCAUCUCUCAUUCUUCUCGUCGCUCAUUCUGAUUCCUCAUAAUACCCAUAUCUCAUCAUCGUCUCUCGUCGUCUCAAUC